UAUUUUUUUUUUUCCACAAAAAUGUUUGGAUUUCAUUCCCCGUACCAAAUUGGUUAAUAUGUAUAUGUAUACGUAAGGCAAUAAGCUGAUUAAACUAUUGAUUAAUUUAAUAACAUAUCGAAAAUAAUCGGCCAAUUUAUACAUUUCAAAUACAAAAGUCAUUUUCCUGGUAAACACCACGUAAAGUAUUUUCAGUAGAACUUUCUGAUAACUUUCGGAUCAUUAAAACUGACUGAACAUCAUUUUUGUUAUUACAUGCUUAAGGUGGUAUUAUAUUCAAUCCUGUAUCAAAAAUGCCUCGUAUUAACCGAGAUCCAUCCAUUGAAAAUUUGGAUGCGUUCUUUGAAGCAAAUAUAAACAGGGCUCGUCAAGAACUAAAUGCAAACUCAUCCCGAAAAGCAUAUCCUGACAAAUAUGGCAGUGACGGAGAAUCUAUUGAUGACGAGGAGGAAAAUGAUGUUGAACACGACUGGUUUAAACUAGAAGCAGAGGAAAAUGAGAAACUACUAAAUCGUUCAAAUUUCAUCAAGUUCAUCACCAAUACUGACUCCCCAAAGAAAGUUUUUACCAAAGAUCCCGUCAAGAAUGAGUUUAUUGAACGCAUGAAUAGACGCAAUGCAAAUUUAAGGCAUGUUUUAGGAGACUUCGAGAGACAGUUAUUAGAAACAAUGGUUGAAAAUAGUAGUGAGGAGAAUUCCAACACGUCUUCUGAAUCUAACGUCUCGUCUUCGUUAGAUGAUGAUGAUAUAACAAUCGUUUCUGUUGACACAGAUUCUGCUGAAAGUAACCAGUCUGGCUAAUAUCGAUUUAAGUCUAAGUUGAUUUUUUCUGAAAUUCUAUGCAUAACUACUAUUUUUAUACAAUUCAAAUUUUCUGUUCAAUAAAAACAUAA